CGCGCCACCAUGACAUCAUGAAAGAGGGCCAAUGAACAGUGGCGACAGGGUGAAAGCUAUCUGUGUAUAGUGAUCCAGAACAUCAGCUGAACUGUCUGAGUUUUAGCCAUGUCGUUCAUAAUUUUAACAUCAGCGCACAGACUACGAUCAAUCGUUAGAUUGCAGAGAAUACAAGGACACAUGAUGUCCAGUCAAGCUGGGAACGAAGUUCUGUUUGAGAAAGUAGGGAAUGCUGGUGUCAUCACACUAAACCGACCCAAAGCUCUCAAUGCUCUGAACCUCACCAUGAUCAGACACAUCUACCCUCAGCUGAAGAAAUGGGACAAAGACUCCGAAACAGAUAUUGUGAUCAUUAAAGGAGCAGGGGAGAAAGCAUUCUGUGCUGGUGGGGAUAUCAGAGCUGUCACCGAGGCUGGAAAAGCAGGCGAUUCCCUUGCUCAAGACUUUUUCCGUGAGGAAUACAUUCUGAACAACACUAUUGGCACAUAUCAGAAACCUUAUGUGGCCCUAAUUGAUGGAAUUACAAUGGGAGGAGGCGUGGGUCUUUCGGUUCAUGGACGGUUUCGUGUGGCCACUGAGAAGACACUGUUUGCCAUGCCAGAGACGGGCAUCGGUCUGUUCCCUGAUGUUGGUGGUGGCUACUUCCUGCCUAGACUUCGAGGCAAGCUGGGCCUUUUUCUCGCCCUGACAGGGUUUCGCCUCAAAGGAAGAGAUGUUCAAAGAGUCGGGGUUGCUACUCACUUUGUGCAGUCCGAGAAGAUUUCAUCUCUUGAGAAAGAUCUUGUUGACUUGAAGUCUCCAUCGGUCAGCGACGUGGCUCAACUUCUAGAUACUUAUCAAGAACAGAGCCGUCUGGAUGCUGAGAAACCUUUUGUGCUGCAAGAACAGACCAAGGCCAUCGACAGGCUCUUUUCAGCGGGAAGUGUGGAGGACAUCAUGGAGAACCUUAAGAAAGAUGGCUCUGCUUUUGCACUCAAACAGACAGAGAUUCUGGCCAAAAUGUCCCCAACCUCUCUGAAGUUAACUUUCAGGCAGAUUCAGGAAGGAUCAAGAAUGAGUUUGCAGGAGGUGCUGGUGAUGGAGUACAGACUCAGUCAGGCCUGUAUGAGAGGCCAUGAUUUUUAUGAGGGAGUCAGAGCAGUUCUAAUCGAUAAAGACCAGAGUCCGAAGUGGAGACCUUCUACCCUGUCUGGGGUCUCAGAGCAGGCUGUAGAAGAAUGCUUCAGCUCCCUGGCUGAAAGAGACCUCAAACUAUAGAAACUCCCCUCAAAAAUCCUGCAAGUUGCUUUCAUAAACUUCAGAAAUUUAUCAAAGAAAUCAGUAUUGUUAUUUCUGUCAGCUUAGCUGACGAAUGCAAAUUCCUCUGAGACUUCUGCACAGAUCCGCUGAUCCUUGUGUUGAAAUGAACAAUGUUGGUUCCUUGAGGA